AUGACUCCGGACACAUCUCGAGAAUACAGCGAGUUGCAGUUGCUCACAUCACUCAGACGCCUUGCUCUGGCAGCACCCGAUGCGCCCGUCGUCUACCUCCAGGAGCCCCAAGCGCGCGGUCCAGGCGAGUCGAGUGACUUUGUAAGGGUGACAUACGGGCAGGCCAAUCGCAUCGUCGAUCAUCUCGCUCUCACUUGGCAACAGCGCUUAUCGGAGCAGUAUGGAAUCGACUGGAAUCAUGAGGGGGUCCCGGUGACGAUUACAUUGCUGACUCUGCCCACGCAGCAUACCUUCUUCCAUCUGUUUGCACUGUGGGCCAUUGGAGUCACCGUUCAAUACGUCAACCAUGACUUAGGCCUCGACACCCUCGAUGCGCUAAUACAUGGCGCACGCUCUGAUCUCAUCAUCCACGCCGGCUUGGACGACAAGGUAAAGGCAUGGCUAGAGACCAUCUCUUCGGCACACCACAUGCCUCUCCUUGAGCUCAGUGCCCAAGAGACCGCCUUACACCUCGCUCAUCUUGCAAUCAAGAGCCAGCCAUUCCCAAUUUCCCGCCCAAGUAGGCCAGCAUUCGAUCUGUAUACGCGCAUUCCGGACCCAUCCAUCAUCUCGCACACGUCUGCUUCUACAGGCGAGCCCAAGCUGAUUGCCUAUAGCACACGAUACUGGUGUUACGACAUUGCUCGCCAUGCCACCGAGGUGCUCGCCCAAGAUCAACAGCAGCCGACCGCUCCUCGUCCGCGUCUUUUGCUUGCAAGGCCCUUCUACAACACCUAUGUCGGCUUUAUCGUCCUGCACCUCAUAUCCGCACGCCCACUUGCGCUUAUGUACCCGCUCAAGGGCGUGACACCUUCGGUGACAGAGGUGCUCAUGGCUUUACAGCAGUCAAAAGCAGCCGAGAUCGCCACCAACGUCGAGCAAGCUCGUCAGAUGAUCAUCCAAGCGCGAGACAAUCCCGACAAGGGCUGGCUUGACACCCUGCGAGCAUUGGACCAAUUUGCCAUCAGUGGCUCUGGUGUCGACGCCCACCUGUCCUCGCUGGUGGAGCAGUUCUCGAUUCGAGCGCUCAACAUCUUUGGCGUCUCUGAAGUCGGAGGCAUGCUGGUAGGCCCGGGUCCCCCCAUCGCACCCCUGCACAUUCUAUUUGCCAACCCGACCCAGCAUCAUCACCUUUUCCUACCGCUGGAUGAGCGUCAUGUCCAGUUAUGGUCCCUUGCUUCAGCUUGGCCUCGUCUUGCCCACGUGCUCGCGUACGAGCCACGCCUCAAGCCAGGUCAAUCGCUGCCAAGUGUGGUCCACGCCCAACCUUAUCCAGGCCCAGGUUCGCAUCACGGCGAGCCUGCAGUGAACUGGGCCGAUUCGUUCCGUGUGGCUGCUUCUCCGACGCCAGCCCAUGGCAAGCCGGCUGCUCCAGGCUACAUCCACCUAGGGCGAGAUGCCGACAUUCUGCGUCACUCAAACACGGCUCGAACCCAUGCGAUCGAAGUCGAGGCAUCUCUAUUGCAGCACCUGCGCCAGCGUCUAGGUUUUGAUAAGGUGUCCGACGUACAGCUCUUUGGUACCAACAUGCCCGGAACUGCAGCUGUUAUCCAGCUUGGACGCUCUGCAUCCGAGAAGGACAACAGGACAGACCACAUCGACCAAGCAAUACUGGAUGCCAUUCAGCAGACCGCAAAGCAGCUUUCUCUCCCCGCAUAUUCGUACCCCAAGUCGCUCGCCUUUGUCCAAGUGAUUCGAGACGCGGCGCACGCCCCGCUGACGUUGCUGACCACACACAAAGGCAACUUGCGAAGGAACCUCAACGCGCGCAACUUCUCCUCUUGGCUCGAGGCAUUGCCGUGGCAUGCUCAUGAUUCCGACCGCAGCAUCCCAUGA